CUUUCAUGGAAGCCAUGGAUUAAUAUAAAAAUCCUCUUGGACAUGAGACAGCAUUCCUUUGUCCUGCCUCCUCAAAGCUAGGAGAUCAAGGCAUACAGUGGAGUCUUCUCAGGGAAGAUGUCGUCUUUGACAAUGAGAACCCAUUGUGUGGACGCAAGAGGAAGUUUCUUUAAGCUCAUUGACACAAUUGCCUCAGAAAUCGGAGAACUGAAACAGGAGAUGGUACAGACAGAUCUCACAGUGGAAGAUGAAUGUGCUGAUUGGCAAAGUCUAAUAAUGGAUAUGGAUAAUGUCUCUCCUGAGAAAAAUGAUGUCAAAAGCUGCCCCCGGGACUCUGGAUAUGACAGCCUAUCCAACAAGCUAAGCAUAUUGGACAAGCUCCUCCAUACUCACCCUGUGUGGCUGCAGCUUGGUCUUAAUGAUGCUGAAGCCAUGGAAAUUUUGCAGACACAGCCUCCUGGGAUAUUUCUGGUUAGGAAAUCUGCAAGGCUGCAGAAGAAAGUUAUCUCUCUGCGUCUGUCCAGUGACUGUGGGUCCUGCCUGAAAGAAUUUGCCAUAAAAGAAAGUACAUACACGUUUUCCUUGGAGGGGUCUGGAAUAAGUUUUGCUGAUUUGUUCAGACUCAUUGCUUUCUACUGUAUUAGCAGGGAUGUCCUUCCAUUCACACUGAAGUUGCCUCAUGCAAUUGCUGCAGCAAAGACAGAAGCUGAACUUGAAGAGGUUGCUCAGCUUGGACUGAACUUUUGGAGCUCCCUGGCUAACAGCAAACCCCUGGAUCCUUCACCUCCCUGUAGGCCUGUGCCUUUGGACAGUGCUCACAAAGACUCACACCAGCUCUGCCUUAUAAAUGGAGUGCAUUCUAUACGAACCAGAACGCCUUCAGAGCUGGAGUGCAGCCAGACCAACGGAGCACUGUGUUUCAUUAAUCCUCUCUUCUUAAAAGUGCAUAGCCAGAAUGUCAGUGGAAGUCUGAAAAGGCAGAGCCCGAGAACUCCAGACGUGAAUGGCACAGCGAGGCCUCGCUCCCCCCCGCCCCGGCCACCACCUCCUGCUAUUAAUAGCACCCUCACGAGCCCACAGAUUUCCAGGACUAUAAAGCAGAUGAGCAUGCCAGAAACAGUCAGCCAUAAGAAGGAGAGGGGCUUGGAUUUGCUGCAGAACAAGCCCACCCCGAUUCCGCCUCCUCGGCUGAAGAAGCAGCCUCUGUGCUCUGAGGCAGACAGUGCCUCCAGGAGUGCAGCAGCAGUCUGGCCUGACUCUGUGUGUGUACCCGAGGCAGCUGCGGUUCCACAUGAAACCCUGCCCGAGCCGGCUCCAGCAGCUCCCAAAAAGACGCCAGCUGUCAUCUCUGAGUCACACAUCCAGUGGAAUAGAGGCCAGCAGAGACUGAGCGACAUGAGCAUUUCCACCUCCUCAUCUGACUCUCUGGACUUCGAUCGGAGCAUGCCGCUCUUUGGCUAUGAGGGGGACACCAACAGCAGCCUGGAGGACUUUGAGGGGGAAAGUGACCAGGAGAGCAUGGCACCCUCUUUGAAGCCCAGGAAGAAAAGAAGUAGUUCAUUUGUUCUCCCCAAGAUUGUGAAAUCUCAGCUACGGAAAGUCAGUGGAGUUUUCAGUUCCUUCAUGACCCCUGAGAAGAGGUUGAUUAAGAAAAUUGCAGAGAUGUCCCGGGACAAACGCACCUAUUUUGGAUGCUUAGUACAGGACUAUGUCAGCUUUCUCCAAGAAAACAAGGAGUGCCAUGUUUCGAGCACUGAUAUGCUGCAAACAAUUCGUCAGUUCAUGACCCAGGUCAAAAACUAUUUGUCCCAAAGCUCUGAACUUGAUCCCCCAAUUGAAUCACUGAUUCCUGAAGACCAAAUAGAUGUUGUGCUGGAGAAGGCCAUGCAUAAGUGCAUUCUGAAGCCGUUGAAGGGUCACAUUGAAGCGAUGUUGAAAGAGUUUCAUACCACAGAUGGUUCCUGGAAACAUCUGAAGGAAAACCUGCAGCUGGUGCGGCAGAGGAAUCCUCAGGAACUGGGCGUGUUUGUUCCAACACCAGACUUUGUGGACGUUGAAAAGAUUAAAGUUAAGUUCAUGACAAUGCGGAAGAUGUAUUCACCUGAAAAGAAAGUCAUGCUGCUGCUGAGAGUUUGCAAAUUGAUUUACACUGUUAUGGAGAAUAACUCAGGGAGGCUGUAUGGAGCUGAUGACUUCUUGCCUGUGUUGACUUAUGUGCUAGCCCAGUGUGAUAUGCUGGAGCUGGAUACAGAAAUCGAAUACAUGAUGGAGUUGUUGGAUCCAUCCUUGCUGCAUGGAGAAGGAGGCUAUUACUUGACAAGUGCUUAUGGAGCACUUUCAUUGAUCAAGAACUUCCAGGAAGAACAAGCUGCCCAGCUGCUCAGUUCAGAGGCCAGAGAUACUCUCCGGCAGUGGCACAAGAGGAGGACAACAAACAGGACAAUACCUUCAGUUGAUGAUUUUCAGAACUACCUUCGUGUUGCAUUCCAGGAAGUUACCAGCGGCUGUACAGGAAAGACUUUGCUCGUAAGGCCAUAUAUCACUACUGAAGAUGUAUGUCAGCUUUGUGCUGAGAAGUUUAAAGUGGCAAAUCCAGAAGAAUACAGGCUAUUUCUUUUUGUUGAUGACACCUGGCAACAACUGACAGAGGAUACCUACCCUCAGAAAAUCAAGGCGGAGUUGCACAGCCGUCCACAGCCCCAGGUCUUUCACUUUGUCUACAAGCGCAUUAACAGUGACCCAUAUGGGGCCAUUCUUCAGAACAGCAACUACUCAGCUGCUUAAAACCAGCAACCUGUCAUUUUUAUAUCUGUUCCUUGGUAAUUGUUACAAACAUCUUUGUUGGCUGCCUUCCUUAGGAGCUAAAACAUGUCUUAAACCUUGAGUGCCUGGUAAAACAUGUGCUGAUAUUUCUGAUACUGCUUAAAGGACCCAGGCACACUAUGCAUGUGGCCAGUUAUGCAGAAUAUAUCCACCAGCAUGUCUGAGGAGACAGCCUAUGAGGCUGCAUUUCUUGUACCAUGGGCUCUUUUUUAGCAUAUUCUACUGUGGCCUUUCACAGGUCUUGGCUGUAGUGUGCAAAAUACAAUUUUCUUCCUUUCCUUGUUUCCCCAGCUGUCAUUUGCAUUUGAAUCUGUGCAUCUGUGAAUUGGCCGGGGUAAGUUCAGUUCUACCAGCAGGAGUUUGACAAGACUGUCCGAUGCAGGGCAUCAGUUCACUCAGCAUUACCUGGAUGGUUGCAUCCUUGUCUAAUUUUUUUUAUUACAGAAAAUCAUCAUAUUUAUAUAUAUAUAUAUAUUAUAUAUAUAUAUAUAAAAUAGAUAUUUUAUAGCAGUUGCAGGUAAACUGUCAGGGUUGGUUUUUGAAAUAUUUUUUUAACUAAAAUAUUCUAUAAUUAUGCAUGUGAUUUUUAACAUUUAAUACACAAGAAUAAAUCUCUUGCUGGUUUUAGAGUCUUGCA